GUGGUCUUGCCCGGGACUCCUUUUCGACCUUGGAAUUGCGACUAAAGGAACAACAUGACUCUACUGGGAUCGGAACAUUCCCUACUGAUUCGGAGCAAGUUCAGAACAGCCCUCAAGAGUCCAGCUGCCUUCCAAGAACAGAAAAAGAACCUGGAAAAAUCCAAGGGUGAAGAUUAUUUGAAGCACAAGGUCAGAAGCAGGCCGGAAAAGUCUGAUCUGGCCAACAUGCAUAUUUUACAAGAUUCAUGUGCUGAGGGAUCAACUCAAGCUGUCCAGAUGAAACUGAAAAGGGCUCGCCUUGCAGAUGACCUGAAUGAAAGGAUUGCCCUCAGACCGGGUCCCCUAGAACUGGUGGAAAAAAACAUAAUUCCUCUUGAAUCUACUGUGAAAGAAACCAUGAAAGGCAAUACAGGCAGUUACUCCAAGUCGGUGGACGCCUUUGCCUUUGAAGAAGACAGCAGCGAUGAUGGCUUGUCCCCAGACCAGGAGAGAAAUGAUGAAAUGCAGGGAAACCCAUCUUCAUCUCCGCAAGAGACCAAAUUCGCGGAUGCUUCUGGCUCCCCUAACUCGGCCACAACUCAGCAGAACAAGCCUUCCACGGAUUCCAAAAACAGGCACAAAAAGCCCAAAGACAUCAAGCCAAAGGUGAAGAAGCUAAAGUACCACCAAUACAUUCCUCCAGACCAGAAGGCAGAGAAAUCUCCUCCACCCAUGGACUCCGCCUAUGCCCGACUCCUGCAACAGCAGCAACUCUUCCUUCAGCUGCAGAUCCUCAGUCAACAGCAACAGCAGCACUUCAGUUACCCAAGCAUGCACCACUCACAUCUCAAGCAGCAAAAUGAACAAAUGAACCGGAAUGCCAACACGCCAACAGUCAGCAGUCCUUCGUUGUCUCCAGUAAAGACCAACUUCUCUGGACAUUCUAACAUGUCUUCCAUGAAGCCAGGACUUCUGCCAUCCAAUCUGGAUGACCUAAAAGUAUCGGAGUUGAGACAGCAGCUUAGAAUACGUGGGUUGCCCGUGUCUGGUACAAAGACCUCCCUGAUGGAACGGCUGAGGCCCUUUCAGGAAUGCAGUAGUAACGCAGUUCCAAAUUUUGGAGAGAUCACCACAGUCACCUUCCCGGUUAUGCCAAAUAACUCUAUGUCCAAUUACCAAACACAUCCAUCCGCAGGGGUUAUCUCAAAUGGAUUCUAUCAGUUUGGUAGCACCAGCUCCACCCCGCCAAUAUCCCCGGCCUCUUCUGAUCUUUCUGUUAAUGGGUCUUUACCUGAUACCUUCAGUGACGGACCAAUGUCUUCUCCUCAUUUUGGCCUACACCCCUCCCCAAUUCACCUAAGUGCUGAAGAAAGUCUUAUGAGCAGUAUCAACAGUAGCAGCUACCAAGCAGAACUGGAAGGCAUGGACGCUGAAAAAGACAAAAUGUUGGUGGAGAAGCAAAAGGUCAUUAAUGAGUUGACUUGGAAGCUUCAGCAAGAGCAGAGACAGGUGGAAGAGCUUAGACUUCAGUUACAGAAGAGGAAAGGGAGCUGCGGGCCUCAAGAUAAGGCACUUCCAUCUCAACACUUCUUUGGAGUACAGAUCAAACAGGAAAAUGUAUCGAGCUGUCCCUUUGCCUCUAAGCAAAUGACCAUGAAAGCCCAAAACAACAAUGCAACAGAGAAGUUGGGAUCAUGUGCGCCACAACCAAUGCCAUGCUUAAUGAACAACCACUGUAUGGAGGCCUCAAACCCAAACACCAUGUCUUCCACAUUUUUAAGUCCCCAGUGCUCUCCACAACAUUCCCCACUUGGAACUACAAACAGUCCCCAGCACAUCAGCCUACCCCCAUCUCCCAACAACCAUUGCCACUACCUACUGUCGGUGUCCCCAAGUUCACAAGGUGACACGCAAAGUCUAUCUCCGCAAUGCAUCAAUACUCAGAUUUGCACAGGACAGAUGAACACUUUACAACCAUCUCCCCAGGGAGGUCAGAAGCUCCCCUUACCUUGUACGACUUUCCCUAACGCACCCACAUCGGAUUCCAAGCAGCUCCCGUCCUAUGAGGAUGCUGUAAGACAGCAAGUCACAAGGAGCCAACAGAUAGACGAACUUCUUGAUGUUCUGAUCGAAAGUGGAGAAAUGCCAGCAAAUGCCAAAGAUGAGCGGUCAUGUGGGCAGAAGAUGACUCAACUAGGCGUGCCAGCAGGAAACGUAAAUCUAUCUGCUCCAAGUUCUCAUCUUCCUUACGAAAACUGCUCCAAUAAUGACAACCACCUUGAAGUCUUACUGAAUUCUCACAGCCCCAUCGGCAGAGCCACUGAAAUCCCUCUGCUUAAGAUCGGAAAUGACGAUGUGCACUUUGAACGUGUUAUUGAAGGGUUUUCAGGUAAAGUGACUGAAGAUAUUCUCCCAUCCAGAGAGAUCUUAGAAACUUCUCUGUCUCCUAUGGAGACCCAGAUGUCACCUUCAUCUGUGGAAAGCGCUGCCCUCCAUCAUAUAAGCUUUACAGAAUCUCCUUGGGAGACCAUGGAGUGGCUGGAUCUAACCCCACCGAGCUCAGCCACGGGUUUGGGAUCCCUUACUACUACUGGUCCCAGCAUUUUCAACACUGAUUUCCUAGAUGUUAAUGAUCUCAACUUAAACAAUGCAAUGGACCUACACUUAGAACACUGGUAAUCGCCAUCAUUAGUUGUUCAACUUUAGAGCCAAAGAGGUUCAAUGCUAUGUGCCAAAGAAUGGGUCCACUAAAGACCAGCCAAAGGUCCACUAAAGACCAGCCAAAGGUCCAUUAAAGACCAACCACAGGACCACCUAAAGACCAGCCAAAGGUCCACCUAA